AUGUACGUCACCCUGUUGGCCCGUGCUCCUCGGAGCACGGUUACCGGCGGCUACCACGUGGAGCCGCUGCCCAGACUGCCCACCGGCUCUCGCCCCUCUGCUCCCAGUCCACGUCAGCGUCAGCCGCUGCCCAGACUGCCCACCGGCUCUCGCCCCUCUGCUCCCAGUUCCCGUCAGCGUCAGCCGCUGCCCAGACUGCCCACCGGCUCUCGCCCCUCUGCUCCCAGUCCCCGUCAGCGUCAGCCGCUGCCCAGACUGCCCACCGGCUCUCGCCCCUCUGCUCCCAGUCCCCGUCAGCGUCAGCCGCUGCCCAGACUGCCCACCGGCUCUCGCCCCUCUGCUCCCAGUCCCCGUCAGCGUCAGCCGCUGCCCAGACUGCCCACCGGCUCUCGCCCCUCUGCUCCCAGUCCCCGUCAGCGUCAGCCGCUGCCCAGACUGCCCACCGGCUCUCGCCCCUCUGCUCCCAGUCCCCGUCAUUGUCAGCCGCUGCCCAGACUGCCCACCGGCUCUCGCCCCUCUGCUCCCAGUCCCCGUCAUUGUCAGCCGCUGCCCAGACUGCCCACCGGCUCUCGCCCCUCUGCUCCCAGUCCCCGUCAGCGUCAGCCGCUGCCCAGACUGCCCACCGGCUCUCGCCCCUCUGCUCCCAGUCCCCGUCAUUGUCAGCCGCUGCCCAGACUGCCCACCGGCUCUCGCCCCUCUGCUCCCAGUCCCCGUCAGCGUCAGCCGCUGCCCAGACUGCCCACCGGCUCUCGCCCCUCUGCUCCCAGUCCCCGUCAGCGUCAGCCGCUGCCCAGACUGCCCACCGGCUCUCGCCCCUCAGCUCCCAGUCCCCGUCAGCGUCAGCCGCUGCCCAGACUGCCCACCGGCUCUCGCCCCUCUGCUCCCAGUCCCCGUCAGCGUCAGCCGCUGCCCAGACUGCCCACCGGCUCUCGCCCCUCUGCUCCCAGUCCCCGUCAGCGUCAGCCGCUGCCCAGACUGCCCACCGGCUCUCGCCCCUCAGCUCCCAGUCCCCGUCAGCGUCAGCCGCUGCCCAGACUGCCCACCGGCUCUCGCCCCUCUGCUCCCAGUCCCCGUCAUUGUCAGCCGCUGCCCAGACUGCCCACCGGCUCUCGCCCCUCUGCUCCCAGUCCCCGUCAGCGUCAGCCGCUGCCCAGACUGCCCACCGGCUCUCGCCCCUCUGCUCCCAGUCCCCGUCAGCGUCAGCCGCUGCCCAGACUGCCCACCGGCUCUCGCCCCUCUGCUCCCAGUCCCCGUCAUUGUCAGCCGCUGCCCAGACUGCCCACCGGCUCUCGCCCCUCUGCUCCCAGUCCCCGUCAUUGUCAGCCGCUGCCCAGACUGCCCACCGGCUCUCGCCCCUCUGCUCCCAGUCCCCGUCAGCGUCAGCCGCUGCCCAGACUGCCCACCGGCUCUCGCCCCUCUGCUCCCAGUCCCCGUCAGCGUCAGCCGCUGCCCAGACUGCCCACCGGCUCUCGCCCCUCUGCUCCCAGUCCCCGUCAUUGUCAGCCGCUGCCCAGACUGCCCACCGGCUCUCGCCCCUCUGCUCCCAGUCCCCGUCAGCGUCAGCCGCUGCCCAGACUGCCCACCGGCUCUCGCCCCUCUGCUCCCAGUCCCCGUCAGCGUCAGCCGCUGCCCAGACUGCCCACCGGCUCUCGCCCCUCUGCUCCCAGUCCCGGUCAGCGUCAGCCGCUGCCCAGACUGCCCACCGCCAGGCCGCUGCACGCACCUGGCGGAGCGCAACUGAAAACCCCACGGAAUCACCACUGA